AUGAAAGUGCGCCUCUUGAGGAAAUCGGGGGCUAGAAGUACCCACUUUGAUUCGCUAAAUUCGUUAGUGCAACGCUUUUUGUGCCGGUGCCUUAUUGAAGGAUAUCCUUCUACUUAUGAGUCUACCAUUGAUUUUGAAUCAAUCAGGAUGUCCUCCAAAGACGCCAUGGCCUGCUAUUGUCAAGUGAGAUUUUCAGCAGACAGAGCUUCCGUGAGUUUAGGAGGACAGCAAUGCCUAGUCAGGCUUCAGCUACUCAGAACUUUUUUUGUUGAACCCGCAAAUCGUUGCAAUUUCUUUCGUGCAAAGAUGAUUGAAGAAGCAAGACAGUGUGUCAUUUCUUUUCCUUGCACUCGAUCUUGUUCUUUUUAAAUUAAUACUUCCUCUGCAGACCCCCACUUUCUCUCUCCGCGUGAUCUACUCGUUGUUGUACAUGAUUGCCCUAUCACCGUCAUACUGUACACCCAUUUGACGAAUUCAGUAGAAAAACUUUGUAUUGUGUUACAUAAGUCUAGUUUUUUUCUUGAUGUAUCCAUCCAUGCGCAGUGACGGAAACCUUGAAAUAUAAAUAUUGUUCUUGUAGGUGUCAUCUGAAUACUUCAACUCGAUGCCAUAGCAGGGCAAAGACCGUUUCUUGGAUUCUCCAGAAAACAACAAGCAGGCAUGUCGAGGAUUGAUUUUUUCCUGAGUAGAAGUACGUACGAUAGAGAUGCUGCCGCGCAAGCAGGUCAUAUAUUUAAUGAUGAGCUUCGUGUAAUUGGUUCUUCGAUCUCAUAUUUCGUCUUCCUUCUUUUUAAUUCCAAGAAUGCUGAGUGCUAGCGACGAACGAUAUGCAGGUCACCUCUACAAUGCAAUCAGAAUGAUUCCUUGUUCUUCUCUCAUCAUCAUUUUUGCUUGCACUUGCUGCACAGAUAUCAUGCUCUGUCCAGGUGUAAAAUGAGGAAAGGAAAAA